GUGAACAUUGUGUUUUCCCGUUUUGACUUUUCGAUGAAGAACAUCAUCAAUUUUCGUUAUGUGCAGAAUUUAGCGAACAGUUUAAAUAGAUGUGCUUGUAUAAUCCAAUUCAGGGAUUUACACAAUCAGGGAAAGAGUGAGCUUCACAUAUACAAUGUUCCACCACCUAGUAAAAAAUAUGAUCUGAUUGGUCCACCAGAUAAGAAAUCUAACCUCCGUCCAGUGGUUUUCCAUGUUCCUCAGAAAGAGACAGCCCUUCAAUGCCGCUAUCGGUUGAUGCGGAAGGAGACUCAUGACUGGAACCAGGCUUUCUGGGCUAAUCACAAUGAAAGGUUUUUCAAGGAAAAGGAAGACUUUGUGAGAAGGAAGCUAGACCACAAACAGCAGACAGUGGACAGUGCUGAGGCCCGACUUUCAGCCGAUGAACUCUCUGAAUUCUACAAAGCAUUCCUAGACAAAAACUAUCCGCUCCAUGCCAACUACAACAGAGAGUGGUAUCACAAGAACCUGAGACUGUUGUUUCCAGCUUUCCAAGUUUUCUUAGAAAAAAUAUAUAAUAAAUUAUUUAAAAGGUGAAA